AUCUCAUAUAUGGAUGGUUGUUUUGAACUUUUGAUAUAUAGAUACAUAUAUGUUGCAGCGAAAGCUUAUAGGUUCUAAGAAUUAAAUUGUGCUGGUUUAGUGAUCAAUUAAUUCCCUGUUAGUUUAACAAAACAAUUUGAUUUGUCAUUAACAAUUCUCUUUCUAGCACCAUGCAAAAAUUCUCAUAGAGAUAGCAUUAUAUAAUAUGUAUAUAUAUAAUGAGCAUAUAAUAUACUAAGAAAAUUAGCUUUCAGCCCAAAAAAUCAAAUAAAAUAGAGUUUUUUUUGGUAUCCCGCCACUUGGGAGACAGAUCACUAGUUAGUUGAAAUGGUGGCUUUCAAGUUUCGGAUCCAACGCACGUUAUCUCUCUAAAAUUUUAUCUAUUUCUCUCUCUCCUCUCUCUCUAAAAUUCUCCUAAUGGCAGAGACCAGCUGCGUCAAGGAGAUUCAAGAAGAAGACAUAGAUAAGAACUGGUUACCGACUCUACCAGAACUGGAUGUUCCUGAUCACAAAGAGCGAACGGUCAACGAAGAGGAUGGGUGCAAGACUCCAACAUCGUCCGCUCACAAGAUUCCAGAGGCGUUAUGCCCACCAGCUCCCAUGAAACCAAAAUCAAACCGAUCUUCCGGGAUGAAAAGAAAAUUGACGCCGGUUAAUGUUGUUAACCGUAUACCCAUUGAUCUUAGCCGUGAAAUCGAGAUGUUCUUUGAGGAGUUGAACCGCAGGAUCAAGAAGUCACGGAAAUAAUAAUAAGAAGACCAAGAUUACUGAUCGUUCCUAAUUUUAUGACUGUGGUGGUAAUUGGUCCUUCGAAUCUUUCCUUCAUUUUCUAGCUUUUUAUCAUUUCCUGUAUAAUACAAGUGGCAUGCUGAUAACAAUAAAACUAUGGUCACAUUACGAAUC